CUGGAAGACGGACUUGCUUCUUUUCAACGGUUUCCACAGAUGCAGUGACCCACGCUGUGCAGUGAGAAUCAGCUAACUUUCAAAAACAUCUGGAGAAAUGAAGACAUGGCUGAAAACUGUCUUCGGAGUUGCCACUUUGGCUGCGCUUGCUUUACUGGUGAUAUGCAUUGUCUUACGGCCCUCCGGAGACCAGAACCCCGAAAGAAACACAAGGAGAGUUCUCACUCUGAAGGAUAUUUUAAAUGGAACAUUCUCAUAUAAAACAUUUUUCCCAAACUGGAUUUCAGAAAAGUGUGAAUGCUUCAGAUUAUGGUCUGUCACCUGAUCGGCAAUUUGCAUAUCUAGAAAGUGAUUAUUCAAAGCUUUGGCGAUACUCAUACACAGCGACAUACUACAUCUAUGACCUUCGAAAUGGGGAAUUUGUGAGAGGCUAUGAGCUCCCUCGUCCAAUUCAGUAUCUAUGCUGGUCGCCUGUUGGGAGUAAAUUAGCAUAUGUCUAUCAAAACAAUAUUUAUUUGAAACAAAGACCAGGAGAUCCACCUUUUCAAAUAACUCACACUGGAAGAGAAAAUAAAAUAUUUAAUGGAAUCCCUGACUGGGUUUAUGAAGAGGAAAUGCUUGCUGCAAAAUAUGCUCUUUGGUGGUCUCCAAGUGGAAAAUUUUUGGCAUAUGCAGAAUUUAACGAUUCGGACAUACCAAUUAUUGCCUAUUCCUAUUACGGUGAUGGACAGUAUCCUAGAACAAUAAAUAUUCCAUACCCAAAGGCUGGAGCUAAGAAUCCUGUUGUCCGUAUCUUUAUUGUUGAUACUACCUACCCGCACCACGUGGGCCCCAUAGAAGUACCAGUUCCAGAAAUGAUAGCAUCAAGUGACUAUUAUUUCAGUUGGCUCACUUGGGUGACUGAUGAACGAAUAUGUUUGCAGUGGCUAAAGAGAGUGCAGAAUGUCUCAGUCCUGUCUAUAUGUGACUUCAGGGAAGAUUGGCACUCAUGGGACUGUCCAAAGACCCGGGAACAUAUAGAAGAAAGCAGAACAGGAUGGGCUGGUGGAUUCUUUGUUUCAACACCAGCUUUUAGCUACGAUGCCAUUUCGUACUACAAAAUAUUUAGCGACAAGGAUGGUUACAAACAUAUUCACUAUAUCAAAGACACUGUGGAAAAUGCUAUUCAAAUUACAAGUGGCAAGUGGGAGGCCAUAUAUAUAUUCAGAGUGACACAGGAUUCACUGUUUUAUUCUAGCAAUGAAUUUGAAGGUUACCCUGGAAGAAGAAACAUCUACAGAAUUAGCAUUGGAAACUCUCCUCCGAGCAAGAAGUGUGUUACUUGCCAUCUAAGGAAAGAAAGGUGCCAAUAUUACACAGCAAGUUUCAGCUACAACGCCAAGUACUAUGCACUCGUCUGCUAUGGCCCUGGCCUCCCCAUUUCUACCCUGCACGACGGCAGAACAGACCAAGAAAUCCAAAUACUGGAAGAAAACAAGGAAUUGGAAAAUGCCCUGAGAAAUAUCCAGCUGCCUACAGAGGAAAUUAAGAAGCUUGAUGACGGUGAAAUAACUUUAUGGUACAAGAUGAUUCUUCCUCCUCAAUUUGACAGAUCAAAGAAGUACCCUUUGCUAAUCCAAGUGUAUGGAGGUCCCUGCAGCCAGAGUGUCAAGUCUGUCUUUGCUGUUCAUUGGAUAACUUAUCUUGCAAGUAAGGAGGGGAUAGUUGUUGCCUUGGUGGAUGGCCGAGGCACUGCUUUCCAAGGUGACAAGUUCCUGUAUGCGGUGUAUCGGAAGCUGGGUGUAUAUGAAGUGGAGGACCAGAUCACUGCUGUCAGAAAAUUCAUAGAAAUGGGUUUCAUUGAUGAAAAAAGAAUAGCCAUAUGGGGCUGGUCCUACGGAGGUUAUGUUUCAUCCCUGGCCCUUGCAUCCGGAACGGGUCUUUUCAAGUGUGGGAUAGCAGUGGCUCCCGUCUCCAGCUGGGAAUAUUACGCAUCCAUCUACACAGAGCGAUUCAUGGGCCUCCCGACAAAGGAUGAUAAUCUCGCGCACUAUAAAAAUUCAACUGUGAUGGCAAGAGCAGAAUAUUUCAGAAAUGUAGACUAUCUUCUCAUCCACGGAACAGCAGAUGAUAAUGUGCAUUUCCAGAACUCAGCACAGAUUGCUAAAGCUUUGGUUAAUGCACAAGUGGAUUUCCAGGCCAUGUGGUACUCGGACCAGAACCACGGCCUAUCAUCUCGCGGGUCCACCAACCACUUAUACAUCCACAUGACCCACUUCCUCAAACAAUGCUUUUCUUUAUCCGACUGAACCAAGGCGGGUACUAGCCAGUCUGGGAGUUUCGCGUGGAUGACGUGGACCAUGAACAUUGGAAAGGCCGCUAACAAUUAAGGAGGGUUCCGAAGUUCAAGCUCAAUAUUGUUUACAUUUUCUUAUACUCUGUGAAAGAAGAGAAGAAGGGAGCCACGCAUCUCACUUUGGACACAAUGGUUUUAUCUCCUGCUCACUUGGGGUGAAAU